AUGCUGUCCAUCAAACAUGGCAACGGCAUGACUCCUGGCCCCCUGAAGCCUGAAGGAACCCUCGCCUUGAUGGUCCUGUCGCCUCCAUCUUGGCAACUCGAGUUGGCCCUCUCAAACUUUGACCGUCAGACGAGCCCUAUCCGCCUCACUUGCGCUACUCUGCACACUACCGGUGUCAGUCGUCGCCUUACCGUCACGAAUUACCAUCUUCGUCGUCACCCUAGUCCUGGCGACCAACCCAGGGGCGCCUCGAGCCAAGCUUUGUGA